AGCAGCCUCAAAAAUGUAAACGUUUGGACGUUCAUUAAUUGACUUGUGCGCAAUGACUCAUGAUGGCCUAUUCAUGAAGAAACUUCAUGCAAACUGAUUGAAAAAGAUGGACACCUGUAUCUGAGAUGCAAAAACUUCUGAGAAUCGUUGUUUCAGUAAAUCAGCACCGGAGCUAAAACCUCAUCAGUCACGCGCGGAGCUGCAGAAGGCAGAGGACAGGGACCACUUUGGAUUUUGUGGCUGACAGGUGUGAAGGAAACAUGAAGUGUGGACAUUGGGAAGAUUUAUUUAGUGGCUUUGUGCUGCUUGUGACUGUCCAAACUGUGGUGUCCAUGGUGAUUCCCAAUGCCACCCACUUAGAAGCCAUCCUGGAAAAAUACAUGGAUAAGAAUGAGACGUGGUGGCAAUCCAAGUCGAGGGGCAAGAGAGCAAUUUCACAGAGUGAUAUGCAACUCAUUCUUGACCUGCAUAAUAAGCUGAGGGGUCAAGUGUACCCCCCUGCCUCAAACAUGGAGUACAUGGUGUGGGACACUGAACUUGAGAGGAGUGCUGAGCACUGGGCACACACUUGUCUGUGGGAACAUGGACCGUCUCACCUACUGACCCGGAUCGGCCAGAACCUAGGAGCUCACUGGGGCAGAGACAGACCCCCAACUUUUCACGUCCAGGCCUGGUAUGAUGAGGUGAGAGAUUUCAGCUACCCUUAUCCUCAAGAGUGUAACCCUCACUGCCCCUACAGAUGCUCUGGACCUGUCUGCACACAUUACACACAGCUGGUUUGGGCCACAAGCAACAAAAUUGGCUGUGCCAUCAACGUGUGCUACAACAUGAAUGUAUGGGGCAUGAUUUGGGCAAAAGCUGUGUAUCUGGUCUGCAAUUACUCACCCCCAGGUAACUGGUGGGGACACGCACCAUACAAGCAUGGGACUCCUUGCUCCGCUUGCCCACCCAGCUAUGGGGGCGGCUGCAGAAACAACCUCUGCUAUAAAGAUGAUGGCAGUCAUUAUCCUUACACUCCUGAAACAGAGGAAAACAACUAUAUCGAACCAGAACCAGAGCCUGUCCGAAGCCAUGACACUCACUACAGAGAGGAAACCACGACACCUUCUCCCAAUGAGAACAUUGAGAGGAAUGAAGUCUCCAGUGCUUCCCAGAUGUCUCAGCAAGUAGCGUGUGAUACUAGAUUACGUGAUCAAUGCAAAGGAACCACUUGUAACAGGUAUGAGUGUCCACCAGGCUGCUUUUACAACUAUGGAAAAGUAAUUGGAUCUGGUCAUUAUGACAUGCAAUCCAGUAUCUGUGGCAGCGGCUUGCAUGCUGGAAUAAUAGAUGACGAUGGAGGCUGGCUGGAUAUCACUAGAGUGGGCAGGAGGCAGCGCUUCUCGAAGUCCUUCAAAAAUGGAGUUCAGACUCUAGCGAAAAAUCAAAGUGCCAAUGCCUUCACUGUAUCAAAUGUUCCAGUGAAGGCAGUGAAUUGUGAAACCACAGUGGCACAAUUCUGUCCAUUCAAGAAACCAGUACGCCACUGUCCUAGGUUGUACUGUCCUCGUAAUUGCUUAUAUGACAGCUAUGCCCGAGUAAUCGGAACCCGCUAUUAUGCAGAUAAUUCCAGUAUAUGCAGGGCUGCAAUCCAUGCAGGGGUGAUUCGAAGCGACUCGGGAGGCUAUGUGGACGUAAUGCCCGUAGACAAGAGGAAGCAGCACAAGGGCUCCUACCAGAAUGGCAUCAGCUCAGAGAGCCUACAGAAUCCCCCAGGAGGCAAAGCGUUCCGAGUAUUUGCGGUCAUUUGAAACCAUUCUCCAAGGACGGAUGCAAAGAAAUAGAGCUCUUGGUAAUGUUACAGCCGGUAAUUACCACGCAUUUGGUUUGCUGGUCGUGCUGGGCUGGAUGUAAGGCCAGCACUGUCACGAAAAAUCUCCUCUACAGGAAAAUAACACAUUGACUUUGACACCAUCUGCUCCUGAGAAAACUCCAGUCUUCUUUUUUGAUAUCUGCAUGUAAAUGUCUUGUGUAUAUAAGUUGUAAAUAUAGUAAAUUUGAAUUCAUUACAUCUAAUAUUAUAUGUUUUUACAAAAAGGUAUCUUGUUAUUUUAAGCACUUAAAGAUAUACAGCAUUCAUUAAAGUUAAACUAUAGGCAAUGGUGCAUGCAAACACAACUGUAGAACUGUCAGAACAAGUGGAAUGUGUUAUAAAAGCCCUCAUUUUAUAGUUUAUAUUUUUGUAAUCAUAUUUUUAUAUCAAAGUUCAGAGGCUGCUCAUUGGUGUAUCACGCUUUACAAUAUAUUAUGCUGCAUUAUGUUCAGAAUUUGAUACUGUAACAACCUGGCAGGCCAGGAAUUGAUUAUUGCUUUCGAAGAAUUUGAGAAAUUUACCACAAAAAGAGCAAUAUGAACUAAAAAGUGGAGAGUGGAGAGUGUUAUUUAUUACCAUGCAAUACAAAAUAAAGACAUUUAGACUCAUAA